ACUCUCUCCUAAAUAUAUGUUCUGGCUCAUGUAUGAAAUCAAGUCCACCCAGCGCAGUUGGAACAAGUAUUGCACUAGAAACUAUUUUGCUACACUCUUCCGUUGAUAAUAAAUCUCAUAGAAAUGAAAUAGGCAUUAAUGUUCUUGUCUGUUUGAGAGGUGGGGGCGGUUUAUUGUUCGAGCGCAUGGAAAUGGUGGCCGAGUUGUGGGAGGAGAAUAUCAGGGCAGAGUUUGUCCCGUUGCGUGAUCAGUACGAAUAUGCAAGCGACCAUAAUAAUAUAUGUCUUGUUGUCAUCACUGACACUGGUGUAUUCCAAAAAGGUUCCGUUCAGGUCCGGCAUCUAGAGCUCAAGAGAGAGAAAGAAAUUGGGAGGGAAAACCUUGUAAAAUAUCUAUAUGGCUACUCAAUUUAGAAACCCGUCUAUCUGGAGCUAGGUCAGCUCGAAUUUGUACAGCUACGGAGGGAAGUGGGGUGGAUCCGAGAUCAAAAAAGCCUCCAAUAGCCCUAAAACCUUGCUUGCCACCCACCUGCCAUGCAUGCCGGCCCUGCCCACCUCCCCAUCUUCUCGGGUGCUGCUAAGUUGCCUUGCCAACUCUCAACCAGUAUAUCUCUGUAUUGCGUAUUUUUGGUUUCAUAAUUAUGCAACAACAACGUCUUCUUGUGGUUAAUGAUAGCCAUACUCUAUCAUACUCCAUCCGUCCCAAAAUAAGAGUCAUAUUUCUUUUUUGGAAUGUCUCAUUUUAAGUGAGUCAUGAUUAUUAUGCGUGAUAGAAUCAAAAAUAUAAACUAGUUGAUAUUAAGAUAUUCAA